AUGAACUCUGAUAAAAGAAGGAAGUAACCCUUAAAUGAAAGCAAUCAAACUUCUUCAAGAAAUGAGUAGUCAGACAGCGUUGAAGGAAAUAGUCAUGGAAAUCAAUCAGCCGAGAGUGAGGAAAACAAUGCCAGUGCUACUUCUUCUGAGAGUGAACAUCAAUAAAAUGAUAAAAGGAAUAAAUAAAAAACAAUAACUAAUAAAAAUCAGAAUAGACAGUCUAUCAGUAGCGAUGAAAGUGAGCAAAAUCAUCACAAAUAGUAGUAACCUAAAUAAAAAGGCAAAUUACAAAAGCAAUUCGCUUAAAACUCAUAAUCAAACUCAGAGGGAAGCGAUAAGAUUUAAAAUAGUUCUGUGAGUGAAGAUGACGAUCGCAUCAGUUCUUUAUUUUACAAAGUCAGUAAAACAUCUCCGGUUAAAGAGUAAAUAGAUACUUCAAAUUCUAAAUCAAAGUAAUCGAAACAGGAUGUUUCAAUAAGAUAGAAAAAUAAAGACAGUGAAUAAGAAAAGAUUCAAAAUUCAGUUACUUAAGAUGAUUUAAAAGUCGGUCAUACAGACAAUAAUAAGCAUUAUCGGACUAAUGACGGAGUAAAGAUGUCUAAUUAACAACAAUAGGUGUCAAAGAAAAAAUCUAAAUCUCUCAAAAAUUAUUAAAACUCAUUCUAAAACUAAUAUGCAAAAUCAAAAGAAUCAUAAAGUCGUCAUAGGGAAACAUAAAAUAAUGAGGACGAUAAAUAAAGAAAGGAAUCAGAUUCAAAUAAUGAGUCAGAAAGCAGCAAGAAAUCUGGAUCAGAAUCUUCGGAUAGUAUUUAAGACCCACAAUAAGAUAGAUAGAGUAUCCGAAGUAGAAAUCCCGGUAACGAUGUUUGA